AUGGAGGCUGCCUGCGAGGUUGGCGACUUUCCGAGAUUCAAGUCAACCUUCGACACUUGGACUUCUCUCAGUCUGGAUAUACAUGAUCUGGACUCAGUGAUGAUACAGGCUGUCAGAUGGGAUCAGAAGGAUAUUGUCGCUACAAUUUUGCAGCACGAGUUGCCAAUGAGCCAAGACUAUGCUCUAGAAGCGAUAAGACAUAGAUCAAAGGAGGUUCUGAACACCCUACUACAACAUGGAUGGGAUAUUAAUCAUCCGACAAGCGAACUGAGGCCUCCUGCGCUCGGUUAUGCCGUUGACGACGAGGAGAUGACUCUGUGGCUUCUUGAUCACGGCGCCGACCCAAACAAGCAGUGCUCGAUCGAUCUUACACCAUUGUCUUACGCGGUAGAACAAGCCUCCAUCCCUACCGUCAAACUACUUCUAGAUCGUGGAGGAGACGUUCACAAAGGACAACUACUUCACCAUGCCGUUGAACGCCAAACGGAUACCAUCGAGAUGCUAGACAUACUGCUCGAGAGAGGAGCUCCUUUGAAUGCAAAGAUGUACGAGAAGCACUAUCCUUCAUGGAGACUAUACUACUUUAUGGGCUUGGGGACCGCUUUACAUAAAGCAGCGGAGCUGGGCAAAGCGGAUGUUGUGCGCUAUCUGAUCGAUCGAGGGGCGGACGUUGGUACCAAGGAUGCUACGGGUCGAAGUGCGAUGGAUUGGGCUGCAUUGAACAACCAUCAAGAGAUUGUGAAGCUGCUUCAGUCAGUGGAGAGAAGACACCGUCUAUGGUUAGCACUAUUGACGAUGGCAGGACACUAG